AUGGGAUCAGAUCUGAGACCGUACAAAUCGAGAAAAAUUAGGCCUUGUGACAGAUGUCGUAAACGCAGGUCAAGAUGUAUUAUUGAACAGCAUGGACCCUGUCAGCUGUGUGCACGGAAGAACGUGAGCUGUGAGUUCACGGACAAGGUGCCCCCAAUCAAUAGACAUAAGGCGAAACAAACACCAGCGGUUACAGAGAGAGUCUAUUUGUUGGACUCUGAAGGCCUAGGAGUAGGCAAUCAAACAGAAGACCAAAUUGCUGAUUUGAGUUCCUCAAGAGAAUUCUCUUCCAACGCUCCCGAACUGUCAAGCUACACUUAUUUUUCCACUUCCUUAUCCGGAAUUUCCCCAACUCAAAGUCUAGAUAAAGAUGCACCCGAUAUUUCAGUUGAGAGUGCGGAAAGGAACGACGAUCUCACGACCAUCGGCAAGAACUCUAGUGCCGUGCUUAUACAAACGCCAAACACCGCAAUGAGGGCUCAAAAUGAGGAUGAAGUUGAAAGCGAUGAAUGUAAAAUUGAAUUCGCGUAUCUAUAUGGUGAUGGCUACAUGGAUCCAUUUUUGCUUUAUAGAAAUGCAACCCUGCCUGGUUCACAUUCUGAACAGCUGCAUCUUAAGAUGCUUGAGACUUCUUGCCAACCGAAGAUGCAGAUAAUCAUAGAAGAAGGAACAAGAAGUGAAUCAAACAAUACUGAACUAGAAAUAAAGAGGAUUCAUUAUCACAGAUCCACUCUAUUUGAGCUGUUUUUGAAACACGUGAAUACACAUUUUCCUGUGGUAUCUCCAACAAUUCUUCAGAGGCUUAUCAACCAGAACUCAUCCUGCUUUCUGCUUUUGACAGCUCUAGUUCUGGCAACUGAUAUCUGGCAAAAAGAUCCAAAACUGACUCUUAUGGAGCGUCCUAACGUGGAUUUGGUCGUUAGUCAAGUCACACAGUCAAUACUAUCCAAAGUCUCUCACCCAUCUCUCGCAGCUCUGCAAUCCAGCCUGCUCUUGUCGCAAAAAUUAUAUCAGAAGGGGCCUGGCAUUGAUGGGACAUUUGAGCUGGCAAUCCUGAGUGUAGCGUACACUUUUGCACAGUCCAUGGGGAUUAACCUUGACUGCUCACAGUGGAACAUUUCCCUCCGGGAAAAGGGAAUCCGAAGGCGUCUCUGGUGGACACUGUAUAUUCAGGAAAAGUGGUUUUCGUUUUCUCUUGGGCGCAGAAGUCAUAUCUCCAAAGCCGACUGGGAUGUUUGCCUGCUCACUGAAUCCGACUUUGAAAAUGAACCUCUAUCCGAGAACAACGAAGAAGCACGCCACAGGAACAAAUGCUUCUGUCUGAUGGCAGAAUUGACACAGCACAUAGACGAUAUUGCUUGCGAAUCUGAUGAGCACACUUCUCUGGAAGCAGCGUACAAAAAAGCAGGUCUUCAAUUGGAAACAAUUUCAAAUUUUGAAUCCGAACAUUCUAACUAUCUAGAAUUGGAGAACAGUAGGUACCCUGAAUCCCCUACUGCUGCAGUAGUGAUAGCCAGUGUGACUGCCAAGGCGACAAUAUAUAAAUCAGUGCUCCAUCGAAUAUUGUUAUGUGAGCAGCAAGGAUCGAGUACUAAGAAUGACGACCGCGAAUAUCAAUCGAUAUCAAAAGAGGCUAAACGACGAAGCAUUUUGCUGUGUGCAGAAAUUUUGGAUAUACUGGGGCGGCUCCGGCCAUAUCAUUUUGAUUCUUUCUGGUAUUCCUGGGCCAGACUUAACUUUGCUACUAUUUCGAGCUUUUUCUUACUCUUGGAGUUGAUGGCCUCCCAACAACAGCAGGAGGAGGAAGCAAUGAAAUUGCAUAUGAAGAAACUUCAGUUUUUCAUUCAAUCGAGGCUGCCGAUGUUCAAUUACCUAGAGUUAGCAUCCCGGGUCCUCGACCUAAAUAAAAGCUAA